CAACAUUUGGACACGUCUCGAAAGAACACCAUGGUCAUCGUGAGCAAAGUGCUGCGGCAACAGUAUGGUGCUAAGUCACUGCCAUUGAAUCCAAGGAAGCUGAAUGCGCAUCUCAAUGCGAUGCUUCGGAUCAUUGGAUCUCCAGGACGUCGAUGGACUGCUCUUGACGGACGACAAACACAUCCAGUUCAUGAACAAGAAGUAUCGAAACAAAGACAAACCGACCGACAUCCUCUCGUUUCCAAACUACACGAUUCAAACGCCAGGCGUGUUGCCUGACGCCCGCACCCAAGAAGGCCGAUAUCUAGGCGACAUGUUCCUCAGUCUUCCGUACAUUGAAGCGUAUUGCCGCAACAAUGGUAGGGCCCUGCUAAGGUCCCAUGUCAAGGAUUGUCGUUUUCCAUGUACCAGACACCACGCUCGAGGAAAGAAUGCCCAUUUUGGUCGCGCACGGUCUGUGUCACUUGAUGGGAUAUGACCACGAAACAGACGACGACUUCGCAAUCAUGUCCGCCGCGGAAGAAGCGCUGCUGGAGACCUACGGCAAGCACGUGCCGCCGAUGUACCAGUGACGGCACUUCCAGAUCCUUCCAAGUCGUAGACAACUCUAGCAUCGUUAAUUAAUUGGCUUCUGCGUAUUCUUCGUAUAUAGAGUAGACCGCACUGCACCCCGUCUUCAUCACCAUUGUAGUGAACGCAACGUGCAGACACCGGGGCACAAAUCCUCCCAUGGCGAACCCGACCAGACGCUUCACCCCGCCCUGCGCGAAUUCGUUCUUGAACGUGUCGACGAUCCCGACGUUCGCGCCAGCCUUUGAUGCUUGUUGAAUUUGAGCCACCAUAACGUCCACGGGCAGCGUCGCCAAGCACGACAGCGUUCCACCGACGAGUGACGCUGCCAACUCUUCCGACACUGUGAUCUUUCGCGUGGGGUCCCCACGACGGUACAUAACGUCUUCGCUGAGGACGCAGAAAAAGUAACGCGUCGACCAGUCCGCAACACGUUUCAACGAAAACACAACGCUGCCCUUCAUGAGUGCAGGCACGCCUUCGUUGCGGAUGACGUUCAUGCCAACUUGCCCGGAUUUGGUAAUGGUUUCCCACCCUGACAUUUUGGUUCGGAAUACCGGAUCAGUCAUGACACGAGUCUUGAGAAGAAGCGUUGGGCUCAACACAAUGCCUUGAAUCCCACCGCCGAGGCCUCCUGACAUGAUUUCGGCCAUGCGAUCCGAAAGAUAUCCUUGUUUCACGAGGGGGCUGAGUUGAGCGCGAGAAAAUGCUUGACCCCAGCUGAACACCGAUCCCUUUGCCAGCGCCUGGACUGUGCCCCACGGGAAAAAACCAUCCCAGAUGCCAACAAUGCCCUUGGACCUUGUGAUGUCGCGGGCCAGUUCCAAAUACGAUUUGUGGCUCUGGGUUUGCUUCAUGACUUUGAUGAACUCGAGGAAGUGCCCGGCCGCAAACUCGUACGUCCAACCAACUCCAGCACCGAUGAAAAACUUCACCUGAGGGUUUUGCAUCUUCUUCCCUGGCAACGCGGGGGGAGCAACGGCCGUCGUGAGGAGCACGGGGGGCGUUGACGUGGCCAUGGAGAAGAA